UAUGAACCUACCAUUCCAUGUCAUCUACAAAACUACUUAUGUAAGUGAAGAAAAAACACAGAGGCCUUCAGAUCCAAUCCCAUGUCUUCCAAUAAUCUCGCUUCCGAUUCUUCCUCUUUAAACUCGCCUCAGUCCGCCGUGUCAUCACAAAAUUCUCACUCCUUCCAUUGGCACUACGCCGAGUUCGACGAUAACGAUUUCCAAAUCCGCGGCCGUACACUCUUCUUCGUCGUCGUCCUCUUUGCUAUCAUUCUUAUAGCUACUCUUCUUUUCCUUUACGCUCGCUGGGUCUGCAAAUUCCGUUCUCCCUCAAGCGCGGAAGCUGCUCGUUCUGCUCACGCGCCAUCGGUUCCUCCACCACCACAAGGUCUUGACCCGGCUUUUAUUGACAAUUUGCCGAUUAUAUUACACAGAAGUUCGGAGUGUAGAGGUAAUACCGCCGCGGAAGUUGAGUGUUGUAUUUGCUUGGGAAUUUUUCAAGAUGGUGAUAAGGUAAAAGUUUUGCCUAGUUGUCAACAUUGUUAUCAUUCGGAGUGUGUUGAUAAAUGGCUUAGAAAUCAAUCGAGUUGCCCUCUGUGUCGUGCCUCUCUCCAAUUUGACUCAGCUGUUUGACUCGGCCGUGUCAGUAUUUGUGCUCCAGAAGCUUCGUUUUACGUUGUUCUUUUUUGAGUUUAAUUUUUAUCUCUAGCAACUUUAUUAUUUUCUUUCAGUAAUUAGAUUAACACGGCUUUAUUUUCUUGUUGAUUAAAGAUUGAUCGUAAUAUAAACUGUAAGUAGUAGAAAUUACCAUCUUUUUUCCUUCUAGUGGAUUUGCAAUGGAGGGAGGAAACUAUACUCCGAUAUUAGAUUU